AUGGAGCGAAGGUUGCUAGAAGCAACCCAGAAGGGCUAUAUCAAAGAGCUAAAUUACUUGAUUAGAAGCAAUGGGCUCGUCCUCGAGGAGAUGGCUCUUGAAGGAGCCAGUCACACCUCGCUGCACGUAGCUAGUGUGGCUGGCCAUUUGGAUUUUGUCCGAGAGCUCCUGACGUUGAUGCCAGAGUUUGUGGAAAAAGUGAACGCAUAUGGUUUAGGUUUGCUGCACAUCACGGUAGCUCGAGGUGAUGUUGAGAUUGCAAGGGAGCUCCUGAGAGUGGGUCAACACUUGUGCUCUGUGAAGGGACGGGAGAGAAGAAACCCUUUGCAUUGUGCCGUCAUAAAUGGGGAGCUCGUUGUCAUGAAGGUGCGGCUCUCUGCUUCGCCUGAGUUUGUCAAAGAGAUAACUGCCAGGGAGGAGACCAUGCUUCACCUCGCUGUGAAGAACAACUAG